GUUAUUGUCGUCGGCGCAGGUCCAGUAGGACUGCUUACAGCUAUCAACCUGGCAAGUCGAGGCGUGAAGUUGGCUGUCUUGGAACGAGGAUGUGGCAUUGACCAAUCUCCAAGGGCUACUUCCUAUCAACCUUGCGUCAUGGCUGAAAUGGAGGAGACUGGGAUCCUCCAAGAUGUUAAGAAGAAGGCUAUGAUCAACAACAUUCUCUCAUUCUGGAGAGGGUCUGGGCCACAAAAAGAGCGGGUUGCGUAUGUGGAGAAGCUGGAAGGAGGCGACAUUUUUCCGGCAGCCUUGAACUGUGGACAGCCAGUUCUAACCGGAAUCGUUCUGGAUCAUCUCUUGUCUCGGUACAAUUCUCAAGUAUUCUUUGCGCAGAAAGUGGAAGAGCUUAGCCAGUCCGAGUCCACGGUUACUGUUGUGUAUAGUCCUCCAGACGACGGUCCAAAGACAACAUAUACCUGUAACUGGCUCGUCGGUGCAGACGGUGCGGGGAGCUCGGUGCGCAAGCUUCUUGGGAUCGAGUUCGAGGGCUUUUCGUGGCCCAAGGAACAUUUUGUGGCAACCAAUUUACGGUAUCCUUUCCAGAAGCACGGGUUUACAACCGCGAACUUCGUCAUGGAUGAUGUGAACUGGGCUGUGGUCACAGUCAUCGACGAUACCGGCUUGUGGCGGUGUGCAUUUGGAGUGCGAGAAGGACUGACCAACGAACAAAUUCGCGCCGAACUUGAUGAGCAUUACAAGCGCAUAUUACCUGGAUGGCCAGGAGAAGGGUAUGAGCUGGUCCAGCUGAACCGUUACAAACCACAUCAACGUUGCGCAACUCAAUUUCGCAAAGAGCGUUGUUUCCUCGCAGGUGACGCCGCCCAUAGUAACAACCCAAUCGGUGGUCUUGGACUGACUACCGGACUUCUUGAUGCUGGGCCCUUGGGACGAGCCCUUGCAGCUGUCAUAAAUGGCAAAGCACCAGAGUCAAUUCUAGAUGUGUGGGCUCACUCUCGCCGACACACUUGGAAAACCUUUACGAAUGAAUUCUCCAUUGAGAAU